UGGGCGGAGGCCGGAGCCCGAGCGCUGCGAGGGGCGGGCGCGGAGGGGGGCGGCACAGCGCCCCGCGCCGCCGCGGAAGAAAAGGAGCUGCCCCCGCCGCCGCCGCCGCAGCUACCGGGUAGACGCAGGUGCGGCCGCCGCGCCGCUGGCGCCGCCGGCAAGAUGCGGUCGGUCUCUUAGGAUGAGGUGUUGGUUGCAGGUGUUAAUAGGAUAAGUGAAAAUAAGAAUAUCCAUAUAUUAAGAUAAAGAACUAAAGAACUAAACAGGAAAGCACUCAUAUAUCAAGAUCUCUGAGAAGAGGUAGCAAUAUUUAAUAUGGAACAAAAAGCUGGUGAAUCUAAUAAUGAAGAUCUUUUAUCAAGUAGUGGUGUCACAUCCACUGGCGGUUCUUCAAGUCCAUUUUUUGUGUCAUCUAUUCGUGGUACAAUAAUUGAAAACACAUCUUCAGCUGGGACAUUGACACAAAUUCCUUUUUUCCCCAAAUAUGAAGUGGAACUUGAUUCUCCUAGAAAAGUCAUCCCAUACCCUGGAAAGGAACACAUUGAACGUGUUUUGGAAGAAUAUUCACAUCAAGUCAAAGAUCUGCAGAGAAGACUAAAUGAAAGCAAUGAAUUGCAUGAGAAACAAAAGUUUUACUUAAGGCAGUCAGUCAUCGAUUUGCAAACAAAACUUCAAGAAAUGCAAAUGGAGAGAGAUGCCAUGACUGACAUCAGACGAAGGGAGAGUCAGUCCCAGGAGGAUUUAAGAAAUCAGCUUCAAAAUACAGUUCAUGAACUUGAAGCUGCCAAAUGCCUUAAGGAGGACAUGCUGAAAGACAGCAGUGCACAAAUAGAGCAGCUGAGAAAGAUGAUGCUUGGCCAUGAGGGAGUGCUUCAGGAAAUCCGGUCAAUCCUAGUUGACUUUGAAGAAGCCUCAGGCAAGAAAAUAUACGAACACGACAGCGUGUCUACUCUCCACUUCCGCAAAAUGGGCUCGGCUAUUAGUAAAAUCCUAAGAGAAUUAGACACAGAGAUUUCUUAUCUUAAAGGGAGGAUAUUUCCAGUGGAGGAUCAGCUUGAAGCACUGAAGUCCGAAUCACAGAAUAAAAUUGAGUUGCUUCUUCAACAACAUCAAGAUAGGAUUGAGCAGUUAAUAAGUGAACAUGAAAUCGAAAUAACGGGACUUACCGAGAAAGCUAGCAGUGCUCGAAGUCAAGCCAGUAGCAUCCAGAGUCAACUGGAAAUCAUUCAAGAACAAGCACGAAACCAAAAUUCAAUGUAUAUGCGUCAACUCAGUGAUCUGGAAUCUACCGUUUCUCAGCUGCGUUCUGAGUUAAGAGAAGCCAAAAGGAUGUAUGAAGACAAGAUAGAAGAGCUUGAAAAGCAGUUAGUCCUUGCCAACUCAGAGCUAACUGAGGCACGGACGGAACGUGACCAGUUCAGUCAGGAAUCUGGAAAUUUGGAUGAUCAGCUUCAAAAGCUGUUGGCUGAUCUACAUAAAAGAGAGAAGGAGCUGAGUCUGGAGAAGGAGCAGAACAAGCGUCUGUGGGACCGGGACACGGGCAACAGCAUCACCAUCGACCACCUGCGGCGGGAGCUUGAUGACAGGAACAUGGAAGUGCAGCGCCUGGAAGCCCUCCUCAAGGCCAUGAAGAGCGAGUGUCAGGGCCAGAUGGAACGGCAGAUGGCAGCAAUUCAGGGAAAGAAUGAAAGUCUAGAAAAAGUGUCCUCCUUGACUGCUCAGCUUGAAUCCACCAAAGAGAUGCUCCGCAAAGUGGUGGAAGAGUUGACCGCCAAGAAAAUGACUCUGGAGAGCUCAGAGAGGACCGUAUCGGACCUGACCGCUUCCCUCCAGGAGAAGGAGAGAGCCAUUGAAGCUACCAAUUCAGAGAUCACGAAGCUGCGCUCCCGGGUGGACUUGAAAUUGCAGGAGCUGCAGCACUUGAAAACAGAGGGCGAUCACCUUAGAAACGUGCAGACGGAGUGUGAGGCCCUCAGGCUACAGAUGGCAGAGAAGGACAAGGUGAUCGAGAUUUUGCGACAGCAGAUCGAGAACAUGACACAGCUGGUCGGCCAGCACGGACGAACUGCUGGUGCCAUGCAGGUAGAAAAGGCUCAGCUGGAGAAGGAGAUCAACGAUAGGAGACUGGAGCUACAGGAAUUCAAGAUUUUAAAAGAUAAGAAAGAUGCAAAGAUACGGGAGCUUGAGGCCCGAGUGAGUGACCUGGAGCUGGAGAAGGUGAAGCUGGUGAAUGCAGGCUCUGAGCGGCUCCGUGCAGUGAAGGACAUCAAACAGGAGAGAGAUCAGUUAUUAAAUGAGGUGAAAACUAGUAGGAGUGAGUUAAACAGUCUUACAGAGGACUAUGAAGUCUUAAAAAGGAACUUUCGAAACAAAACUGAAGAAAUGGAAGCUACUACAAAUAAACUGAAAAUGCAAUUAAAGUCAGCACAGUCUGAACUUGAACAAACGAGAAAUACACUGAAGUCAAUGGAAGGAUCCGAUGGUCAUGCUAUGAAAGUGGCAAUGGGGAUGCAAAAGCAAAUCACAGCUAAAAGAGGUCAAAUAGAUGCCCUUCAGAGCAAGAUACAAUUUUUGGAAGAGGCAAUGACAAAUGCAAAUAAGGAAAAACAUUUUCUAAAAGAAGAGAAGAAUAAAUUAAGCCAGGAACUGAGUACCGUUGCAACAGAAAAAAACAAGAUGGCUGGGGAACUGGAGGUCCUGAGAUCCCAGGAACACCGUUUGAAAGAAAAGGUUGCUAAUAUGGAAGUUGCUCUUGAUAAGGCAUCUUUGCAGUUUGCAGAAUGUCAAGAUAUCAUACAGCGUCAGGAGCAAGAAUCUGUGCGCCUGAAACUUCAACACACUUUGGAUGUAAAAGAACUUCAGGGUCCUGGAUACACCUCAAAUACUUCUGUGAAGCCGCGCCUUCUACAGCCGUCCUCAGCCACCCGUUCUCAUUCUAAUGUACCGUCAUCCCAGUCCACAGCCAGCUUCCUGUCUCAUCACUCUAUGAAACCUAACGCAUUGAAGGAAGAUCCAACAAGGGACCUGAAACAGCUUCUCCAAGAGUUGAGAAGUGUGAUCAACGAGGAACCAGCUGUGCCUCUGGGCAAGCCUGAAGAAGAAGAAGAGAGAACACCAUCCCUGGGAGUCUCCUACGUGGCUGUAAGCAACAACUCCUUAAGGGACUCUACUGAAGGUAGCAAAUCCAGUGACACUCUUAGCAGAGAGCCCGUCACAUUACACACAGGAGACUUGGAAGAUCCGUCUAGUUGCUUUACGUUCCCAUCCACAGCAAGUCCAUCUGUGAAAAAUUCAGCUUCUCGUUCAUUCCAUUCUUCUCCUAAGAAGUCUCCAGUUCACUCACUCCUAACUGGUUCGGUGGAAGAUUCAGUAGUUUCCACAUCACAAUAUAGAUCCACCAAACCUGUUCAUUCACCUGAUUCUGUUAAAGUCUCAGCCAAUAGAAACAACAGGAAAAACGUGCAGGAAGCUUCAGAACAGACUGGAAAGCUUGCAAACUCUGGUAGAAGAUUUACAGAUGAAGAACCAAGGUACUGUGUACAUUUCAGAGAGCGCUUCCUUGCUCAAAAGAACACUCACCUUCCUUUCAGGUUAAGCCUCCUAUCUAUAGACCCGCUGGAGACGAUAUGGAAUAAGCAAUUCAGAAACCUUAGUCAAAAUAUGAAGGUCUUAGCCAUGACUAACCCCUGAAUUCUUUGUGUGACCCCGGGCAGGCCCCCAAAGCCCCUCACUACUCUGUCAUCUAAUAGGGAUGAGAAUACUGCUGACCAUCCCUCAGUAGGACACACUAUAGUCCCAGACGCUAUCUUUCCUGUCCCUGUGAGGUCUGCACACAAGCACUGUAUGACAGUAGCCAAGAUAAGAUUGCAGUUGAUAGCUAGUAGACAAAAUAACCUUAUUUUACCCUACACAGGAUUUAAAGUAGCAUAGGCUAGAAGAGACUGUGCCACCCAGUGAAUCACUAAAUAGAAACAGAAACUACUUUUAAAUGUACUAAAGCUAUUUGAGAAAGUGCCGUACUCUGCACAUGGGAUGCAACUUUUGGGGCGUGAGUCCUAGGUGGGUGUUCCCACGGAUGUGGGAGGUUAUGGAUAUGUUCCAUGGAUUUGGGAGGGCUACCAUGUUUUAUGCUUGGUAUAAAUUCAUGAAUCCAGGAGCCUUUGUCAGAAAUAAAUAAUUUUGGAGUAUGCUUGUUAUUCUUAGCCCAUCUUUCCAUCUCUAGGGAAUAUAAGUUGCUAGAUGAAAGAUAAUAAAUACUUUUCUAGGAACAGUUCCUUCUCAAGUAAAUUUAACCUUUUAAUAAUAACGGUGGCUAUCUAGUAUUUAUUGAGCUAUGUGCCAGGCCCUGUGCUCUGUGCUUGACUUACGUUUUCUUUAUGUGAGCCCCCCAACAACACUGGGAGGUGGGUACUAAUAUCAGGUCAUUUGAAAAAGUGGAAACUGAAGGUCACAUCACCAUUAGUCGGUAAGUUCUAAGUCACACAAGAGUAGUAGACCUGGGGCUUGAUCUCUGCAGUUGCCAAUUCCAAAGGCCACAUUUUUUAAUAUGCGAAGACUAUACCAAAUUGUUGUUAGGGAAAACUCCAAACCCCUUCUGAUAAUCCCAGAUCCCUGUGUAUAUACAUCAAGAAAAACAUUUGAUUUUAAGUUUAUUGUGAUUUUUUUUAACGGAUGCUUUAUCUUAUUGGCUCCAUUUUUAUUCACAUUUUGACUUCAUUUCUGAGUAUAUACUCAGUGUAAUAAUGUAAUAAUCCAAAUGGGAGACAUGUUGUAUCUGUUUAAAAAAUAAAAAGACCUUUUUAUUUGAUGCAUUGUCUGGUUGGAAUGUCUCUUGGAAAUUAUGGAACAGUUAUUUUGGAGAGAAUUUUGGGAGCAUUUAUCAAAAUUUAAGUUGUACAUAAUGCUUUGCCCAGAAACUCCACUUAUAGCAAUGAAUUCAAGAAAAAAAUUGUACAAACACACAAAAGCCUGCUUACAAAUAGCAUUGUUUAUAAGUGAAAAUAAGAAAGCAACUUUUUCAUUUAAAUCCAAUUAGCAACAUAUAGUAAGUACAUCAUUAGUUUCAGAUGUAGUGUUCAACAGUCCAUCAGUUACCUAUAACAACCAGUACUCAUCACAUCACCCGCUUACCCCAUCCCCCCACCGACCUUCCCUCCAGCAACCCUCAGUUUGUUUCCUUGAGUUAAGAGUCUCUCCUGGUUUUUC